UAUACAGCACUUUAUAGUUCGAUAACAUACCCACAGCUCCCUUCCUUUUCCUUCUCGUCUUCUCCCAGAUCAGAAACUUUCAACGUAAAAGCAAGCAAGCAAAGAGCGACGACUCUAAUUACCAGUAGACCCAUCUGCUGAAUCCAGCUCAAUCCUCUCUGCUUUUCUCAGUUUGUGGAAAUUAUCGAUUCGGGGUCGCUCACCAAAUUGGUCAACACAAACAAAAUGAUUCAAUUUGUACUUCUCAUUAGUCGACAAGGAAAAGUGAGAUUGACAAAAUGGUAUUCACCUUAUACACAGAAGGAAAGAAGUAAGGUAAUCCGUGAGCUCAGUGGAGUAAUUUUGACUCGAGGACCCAAGCUUUGUAAUUUUGUUGAAUGGAGAGGACAGAAAGUUGUUUAUAAAAGAUAUGCUAGCCUUUACUUCUGCAUGUGCACUGAUCAGGACGACAAUGAAUUAGAGGUCCUCGAAAUAAUUCACCAUUUUGUUGAGAUUUUGGACCGAUACUUUGGCAGUGUCUGCGAGUUGGACUUGAUCUUCAACUUCCACAAGGCCUAUUAUAUAUUGGAUGAGAUUUUGAUAGCUGGUGAGCUUCAAGAGUCCAGCAAGAAAACAGUUGCUAGGCUAAUAGCUGCUCAGGACUCAUUGGUAGAGACUGCAAAAGAGCAGGCCAGUUCGAUAAGCAAUAUCAUUGCCCAGGCCACAAAGUAGAAUACAAGAUCGGUUAAGCUUUGAAGAAUGUUGUUCCAUUUGUAUUGAGUUUUAUUCCUGAGAUCUGAAAUGUAUGUUAUGCAUGCUUUCUUGAGGAUUGUGCGCUGAACUAUAUGUUAAAUGUGGCUCAUACGUUUCCUGAUUGAGUUCUGA